AUGACAAAUAAAUUGUGUGAAGAUACUUUCAAGUGUAAAUCAGACUCUAAAAGAAGUGAUUUUACUGAGGAGAUAUUACCUAAAAUAGAAAAAAUACCAUAUCAGUGUAAUAGCUGUAAAAAGUCAUUUUUUAAAAAAGGUAACCUUAUGACUCACAAAUGUACUGGAAAGAAGCCAUAUCACUGUGAUAUAUGUGGUAAAUCAAUCUCUUGUAGAGGAAACUUAACUAAACACAAACAAAUUCAUGCAGGUAAAAAACCAUUUCGUUGUAAUAUCUGUGGCAAGACCUUGACUAUACAUAAACGUAUCCAUACAAGAGAGAAGCCAUAUGACUGUGAUAUUUGUGGCAAAUCAUUCUCUGAUGGAAGGACCUUGACUAUACAUAAACGUAUCCAUACAAGAGAGAAGCCAUAUGACUGUGAUAUUUGUGGCAAAUCAUUCUCUGAUGGAAGGACCUUGACUAUACAUAAACGUAUCCAUACAAGAGAGAAGCCAUAUGACUGUGAUAUUUGUGGCAAAUCAUUCUCUGAUGGAAGACCUUGA